AUGACGAACCAAAGCGAAGGAACAAACAAGAAGGACUUCAGCACGGCUAUUCUGAACCGCAAGAAGGCUCCAAAUCGCCUCAUUGUCGAUGAAGCUAAUAUGGAUGACAACUCCGUUAUCCAACUCCACCCGGAGACCAUGGAGAAGCUCCAGCUCUUUCGCGGCGACACAGUCUUGAUCAAAGGAAAAAAGAGGAGAGACACGAUCUGUAUUGCCCUUGCUGAUGAUACCUGUGAAGGUCCAAUGAUCAGAAUGAACAAGGUUGUGAGGAACAAUCUUAGGGUUAGGCUCGGUGAUGUUGUUUCCAUUCACCAAUGCGCUGAUGUCAAGUAUGGAAGCCGUGUCCACGUUCUUCCUAUAGAUGACACCAUUGAAGGGAUGACCGGAAAUCUAUUUGAUGUCUACUUGAAGCCUUAUUUUCUAGAGUCCUACCGCCCGUUGAGGAGAGGUGAUCUUUUCCUAGUCAGAGGAGGAAUGAGAAGCGUUGAGUUCAAGGUUAUUGAGACUGAACCUGCUGAGUACUGUGUGGUUGCUCCGGACACCGAAAUUUUCUGCGAGGGAGAACCUGUUCGAAGGGAGGAUGAGGAGAGAUUAGAUGAAGUUGGAUACGAUGAUGUUGGUGGUGUUAGGAAACAGAUGGCUCAGAUUCGUGAAUUGGUGGAGCUGCCUCUGAGACAUCCUCAGCUAUUCAAAUCGAUUGGUGUCAAGCCACCAAAGGGUAUUCUUUUAUAUGGUCCUCCUGGAACCGGCAAGACUCUAAUUGCAAGAGCUGUUGCUAAUGAAACCGGAGCGUUCUUUUUCUGCAUCAAUGGACCAGAAAUCAUGUCCAAGAUGGCUGGAGAGAGUGAGAGCAACCUUAGGAAAGCUUUUGAGGAAGCAGAGAAGAAUGCGCCAUCAAUCAUAUUCAUUGAUGAGAUCGAUUCCAUUGCUCCCAAGAGAGAGAAGACAAAUGGAGAAGUCGAGAGGAGGAUUGUUUCGCAGCUCUUGACUCUUAUGGAUGGACUAAAGUCCCGAGCUCAUGUCAUUGUUAUGGGCGCUACCAAUCGUCCAAACAGUAUUGACCCGGCUCUUAGAAGGUUUGGAAGAUUUGAUAGGGAAAUAGAUAUUGGUGUUCCAGAUGAAGUAGGGCGUCUUGAGGUUCUCCGCAUUCAUAGCAAGAACAUGAAGCUUGCUGAAGAUGUCGAUUUAGAACGAGUUGCAAAGGAUACUCAUGGGUACGUUGGUGCUGAUCUAGCUGCCUUAGCUACUGAAGCUGCACUUCAAUGCAUCCGAGAGAAGAUGGAUGUGAUUGACUUGGAAGAUGAGACAAUCGAUGCAGAGGUACUUAACUCAAUGGCAGUAACAAACGAACACUUCCAAACUGCCCUUGGAACAAGCAACCCAUCUGCUCUUCGUGAAACAGUUGUUGAAGUUCCCAAUGUUACUUGGGAUGCAAUCGGAGGUCUGGAAAAUGUUAAGAGAGAACUUCAAGAGACUGUCCAAUAUCCUGUUGAGCACCCUGAGAAGUUUGAGAAAUUUGGCAUGUCACCCUCGAAGGGAGUUCUCUUCUAUGGUCCUCCUGGAUGCGGUAAAACUCUUCUGGCCAAGGCUAUAGCUAAUGAGUGUCAGGCUAACUUCAUCAGCAUCAAGGGACCUGAGUUGCUCACCAUGUGGUUUGGAGAGAGUGAGGCCAAUGUAAGAGAAAUUUUCGACAAGGCUCGUGCAUCUGCUCCAUGUGUUCUCUUCUUUGAUGAGCUCGAUUCCAUUGCUACUAAAAGAGGUAGUAGUGUAGGUGAUUCUGGAGGUGCUGAUAGGGUUUUGAACCAACUCCUUACAGAAAUGGAUGGCGUGAAUGCCAAGAAAACUGUGUUCAUUAUUGGCGCAACCAACAGACCUGACAUCAUAGACCCUGCACUUCUUCGUCCAGGACGUCUAGAUCAGCUCCUUUACAUCCCUCUGCCUGAUGAGGAAUCUCGCCAUCAAAUAUUCAAGGCUUGCUUGAGAAAAUCUCCAGUAUCCAAGUACGUGGACCUCAAAGCUCUUGCCCGGCACACACAAGGUUUCAGUGGUGCUGACAUCACAGAAAUAUGCCAGCGUGCUUGCAAAUAUGCCAUCAGAGACAAUAUUGAGAAAGAUAUCGAGAGGGAGAGGAUGAGAAGUGAGAAUCCUGAUGUUAUGGAAGACGAUGAGGAUGAAGUAGCUGAGAUAACUGCUGCUCAUUUUGAGGAAUCAAUGAAGUAUGCUCGUAGGAGUGUUAGUGAUGCUGAUAUCCGGAAGUACCAGGCAUUUGCAACUACAUUGCACCAGGCAAGAGGGUUUGGAAAUGACUUCAGGUUCCCCAGUGGUUCAGGGGCUGCUGUUGGAUCUGAUCCUUUUGCAACUACUGAUGCUGGUGAAGCUGAAGACCUUUAUGAUUAG